GCGAGGAGUGGAGGUAAAAUUACAGGACAUACAGGUAGCAAGCGCUGUCUUGAGCUUCUGCGAAGUUUUAUUUUAUUUUAUAACUUUAGAUUUUGGGCGCUUCUUUUGAGGCAAUAAAACAAAUCGCAAUGGAAACGUCUCAGGACGAGAAAUUUAGCAGCCGGCACCCCGAAAUCGUGAACUGCAGUACGGACACUGCCAGCAGGAAUCCCCAGGACCGAACAGAGGAGGAGGAGGAGGAGGGGGGCUCCGGAAGACUGGACAUCAAUCAGAAGCCACCCUACUCGUACGUAGCGCUGAUCGCUAUGGCUGUCAGGGAGAGCCCAGAGAAAAAACUCACCCUCAACGGGAUAUAUCAGUUCAUCAUAAACAGAUUUCCAUAUUACGAGAAAAACAAGAAGGGCUGGCAGAACAGCAUCAGACACAACCUGAGCCUCAACGAGUGCUUCGUUAAGGUUCCCAGAGAAGGCGGCGGAGAGAGGAAAGGUAACUUCUGGACACUCGACUCUGCCUUUGACGAUAUGUUCGAUAAAGGGAAUUACCGGAGACGCAGGCGAGUAAAAAGGCCAUACCGACCCCCAUCAGCUCCAUACGGGAAACCCUGCUUGAAUUAUUCCGAUCCGUACUACCUGCAUCCUAACUCCAAGUACUUGCAGACUUCUUUUGUCAAUAACUCUUGGUCGGUGGGACAGUCUAGCCCGUUUGGGCAAGCGACCACGUCGUUGAGUUACCAGCAGUGCCAAGCCAGCAGCGGCAAUGCCAGCCCCGUAUCUAUGAACGGAUAUGCCAGCCCCGUGUCUAUGAACGGAUAUGCCAACCCCCUUCACCAAUCCUAUAACCCCUAUCACCGACAUUUGGUUUCUGCGAUGGGAAAUCACUAUCCCGGUAUGACCCAGCAAAUCAGCCCGGGGGGGACGUCAGCGCCUGCCAGUACCUACCAGUUACCUGGUGCCAGACAACCUGAAAUGCCUGUUGUGCAUUAUUGGGAUUAGGAGGAAAGCGUUGAACUGUGAUUAACCGAAAGGACAGGUGCUGUUUGGGAUUAAUACAGACUGUGUUAACGUUAUUUUAAAAGCAUUUAAACACUGUCGUUUGUUUUAUUUUCAAAGACUGGAUAAUCUUGGAUUAACCCGUCCCUGGUUCCGCCGAGUUUGUUUGAUUGCCUUGUUGUCCAGAUUUGAAUUGCAUUGAAUCGUUUUUUUUUUUUCCUAUGUUGAACAUGUUCAUUUUAAUGUUUUAAGAUCACAAUUGUUUUCUGCUUUAAUUGAAUGUACAAAAAAACUGUUUUCAGCCUUUUCAACUAAAAUAAAAUUGUUACAUUUAAAUGCAUUUUCGCAUUGAAGGUUAACUUAAAUUUAUGUGCAUAGCACUUUUAUUUUUAUAUUAAAGUAUUUCUGUUUUAAUAAAUGCUUGUGU